AUGGCGAGCGACCUUGAAGGAUGGCAUCCCAGCCAGAUAGGUUUACAACGUCGCUUUGGCUUUUCAGAUGCUGUCAGCGACCGCUGGAUUCAUGUUGCGAAAAGAAUGCCUGAGCAACACCGUAUAUUUCAUACUUCAAAUCUCAGGCUGAUUCCCAUUACUACUGUUGACGAGAAUGGUCGUCCCUGGGCGUCAAUUCUGACUGGUGAAAGGGGUGGCAUCGGCUUUAUCGAAAGUCCAGAUCCCAUAACAUUAUCAAUCACGGCGCAAUUAUGGGAUGGAGAUCCAUUCCAAGAUACGGCGUCGGCGUGGAAGAAGGCCGAGCUUUCAACCCGCGGAAAUGCUGACAGAUUCUUGACUGCUGGGCUCGGUAUAGAGUUUUCUACUCGACGACGCAACAAAUUCGCGGGACAGAUCAUGAAUAUCUGUCAGCCCACAAAAUUUAGCGUCCGAUUGGAUAUAAAUGUCAACCAAGCUUUAGGUAACUGCCCGAAAUACAUCAAUGUCUAUAACUUGGUCCCAUUCCCUGAUGCACGGCCGGUGGUCAGUAAUCAAAUUGAAAAUCUCUGGGAAUCUGAAAGGUUGCCUCAAAAUGUCAUUGACUUUAUUUCAAUCGCGGAUACAGCCUUCGUCGGAUCCUUGUACCUGUCAGAGGGAUCUGUAGGGCCGAAGUUUUCCUCGCAUGCUGGAAUGAAUGCUCGAAGCGGUUUACCGGGAUUUAUGAGAGUGAGGCCAUCUGACUGCCGAACUAUAGUGCUUCCAGACUACUCGGGGAACAGAUUUUUAUCGAGCCUUGGCAACAUCGAAGCAACAGGACUGGCUGCUUUGACAAUUCCCUCAUUCACAACAGGAGAUGUCCUGUAUAUGACAGGCACAGCUGAAAAUUUAGUAGGGCAGGAUGCCCUCAAAAUUAUGAAAGGGCAGUCAGCGGUGACUUUGAUUAAAGUGACAGGAUUCAGAUUUAUCGAAAAUGCUUUGCCUCUUCGACAGCAAGAAGAUAUUCAUGUGGAGCGAAGUCCAUACAGUCCGAAGGUCAAAUAUCUCAUUGAGGAGUAUGGGACCGAGUGUAACGAUUACAACGCACAUAAAGCGGAAUUGGACAGUGUUAUUCAACUGUCUGAUAAUCUUGCUGUCUUCAGGUUCAAGAUUCACUCGAAUGCGGGUGCGAAGAAAUUAUCCAUCCGACCCGGACAGGCUAUUGUUUUAGACUUCAUGAACUGGAUUGGACCACCGCAGUAUCAACAUAUGUCCAAUGCCAAGCCAAGUCUUCUGAAUGAUGAUCGUGUGCGUACAUGGACUGUAUCCAGCGCCCACGAUUUAGGGAACAUCUCUUGGUUCGAAUUGACCAUGCGUGAGGUACAAGGGGGCACGGUGACAGGUGCUCUGUUUGAUCUUCUGAGAGAAGCAAAUCACGCAUACGGAUCAAAUUACAGGCCGGAAAGGACUGUAAUAGCGGAAAUCGUUGGGAUCACCGGGGAAUUUGACAUCAGCCAAACAGCAUCCAAUACUUUAUGGGUAGCUGGAGGAAUCGGCAUCACGCCCUUCUUGUCAAUGCUGAGUGCACUUAACAUGAAGGCACCACCGAGAAAGACCAUCACAUUAGCGUUGUCGACGAGAGAGCCCGUCGUGAUGGUCCGUUUAUUGCAUGACCUGGUUUCGAGACUACCACCCAAAAUACAGAUCAAAAUCGAUAUAUUCACGAAUAUAAAAGGUGUCAAUUUGAAUGCAACAGACAUUGGAAUCUUGAACAUCCAUCUUCAUCCUGGCCGUAUUACGGAGGAAUAUUGGAAACUGAAUGCAGAAAAGAAGGAUGCGCUUAUUUGUGGGCCAAAUGGCUUUGCAGAUUCGGCAGUGGAAGGGUUACGCGCCGCUGGCGUGAUGUUAGAGAAAAUCCAUCGAGAGGGAUUUUACUGA